AUGGCUUUUAUAGACGUAAUUGACUCACAGGUGAAGCCAAAGCAAGCAAUUUGCCGCUGGAGCGCAGCAUACAGCACGAACGGAAACUGACGGACAGAAGAGCCUUAGAGAUCAAACCAUCAGAGGCCAAAACCAGCAAAAAAUUCAUGACUUGAAAAAGGAAGAGCAGUGAACUAUACUCUUUAGUCCAGAAAUCCUCUUCAUUAUAAAGUUUACACCCCUCUUUCUGUCGUUUCGUCCCAGUUGCCGACUUGAGAAAAGCUCCAGAUGAGUGCUGCAUUUUGUUGAAAGGGAAGGUUUUGUUACUUCUGUGCUGGAUUAAUGUUCUUCUAUUGAAGAGGAUCUUUCAUGAUGAGGCAGUCUGGCAGUAGAAACCAGAGGUCCAAAGGGGGAUUCAGAUUGAAGCUUGUUUUGCAGAUUUGCCUUUUGCUGGCUAUCUGCACCUGGUUGCUUUACCAGGUUAAGCACUCCCAUGACAAGAAGAAAGCCUUUGAGGAUAAGAUCUCAAAGAUUACCACAACAAUGAACUCUAAACAAUCUGAUCUCUUUGAUUUCGGCAGGAAGGGUCUCCCAAUUGUCAAACAAAGUGAUUUGAUUAGUGGUACUCGAGCCAAGGACGAUGAAAAUGAAGAAGAGCAAGAAGAAGGGGAGCAAGAUCAAGACAUGAAACUGGAAGAAGCUAAGGAUGAUGAAGUUAAAAGAGACGGCGGCAAUAUGAUCGACGAACUGGAUCAGGAUAGAGGUGAUGAGGGAGAAAAUGAGCAAGAAGAGGAGUUCUUUAGUGAAGAAGAGAAAGAUGGUCAAGCGGAAGAAGAUGGAUUGUUUGAUAACAAGGAGGUUGAGGACAGUGCUCAGGAGGCAAGAGAAGAGAAUUAUAAGAGAGAUGAUGCUUCUAGCGCCGUCGCUCAUGAUUCCGCAAUGGAGAUUGAAGAUUCAAAAGAAAAUGAUUUGGGGAUCGCAGUUGAUGGAUCGGCUGAUGAUACUGUGAACAUAGCCAAUGAAACUUUGGGUUAUGUGGAUCCUAUUGACAAUGCUUCUAAUGCUUCUUUUGGUGAAAAUAUGACUGAUGCCAAUGCUGAUCCGUCUAUAAAUGGGAGUCAUUCAACUCAAGUUAGCAACCACAAUGAGCUGAAACUCACCAACUUAACAACAACAAGGCUACUUGAGAAGAAUAAUGUUUCAGAUAAUAAUUCGCCGGCAAUCCAAAAUGGUUCAAAAUUCAAUCAUUCUGUGCCUAACUCACAGAUUUCUCAUCUUGGAAGGUCUGGCCUGAUCCCAUUUGAAGAUCAAAAUAACAAGUUUGAUGCGAGUGAAGGUCAUGAAUCAGAAGAUCGUCGUCUGAGUUCCAUUGUGAAGAAGAACGCAAAUGGAGCCACAAGCAGCUCAGACCUACUAACCGUUCCAGUCAUUCAAAAUGAAGUAAAUGAUUCUGAUGAUAAAGCUGCAGAAUAAUGGAAUUUUUCUUCCGGCAAAGGUAGUAUGUUCUGCAACUAAUGCAGCUAUACUUUCCUGCAUGCAAUGCUUCAUUAGGAGAAAAGUGAGCCGUUUGCAUAUUGUUUCUAACCAUAAUGAAUGAUGUUUGAUGGGUUGGCCAAAGCCUAAGCUAAAGAAAAUGUUUUGAUUUAUGAUAGAGUUGAGUUAAUGAGAUCUUUUAGUAAAAUCAAAUGUGGUUUGAAGCAUGAAUUUAUAUUAGAUGUGGAUCACAACAAGUUCUUUUUUAUGAACAGUUCUAUUGUUUUGCUUUUC